CCUACCGUGCGCGCGCGCGCCUGCGUGUGACUCGUAGCGGACCGUCUCCCAGCGCCGCGUGCGUCUCCGGGAACCAGAGCCUCGAGUGAGGACCACAUUGGGGAAUUUGGGCCGGUUUUAGUUCUCCCUCAACAUUUUUCGUCAGAGACGGUGGGAGAGUCCCUACUGCUGUUGCCUUUUUUAGUUUCUCAAGUUAGCACCUUCCCAAGCCCCCUGGAGCGCCCAGCGUGCCCCCGCCAGCAAAACGGUGCCGGCUGCUCAGGUCUGCGGCCCCGGGUUGCGUCUAACCGGGCUCUGCCGGCUCGUGGAAAUUCGUGGGCCGUAGACUCGAAAUCACUUCUCUGGACACUUGGAUAUCAGUCUAUUAAGCUUAAAACAUGUGACUUUGCUGCCAAAUCAUCACUUCUUACCUGGUGUUGAAGGACUGACAAGCCACAGUUUAGACUUCCAUAUUUCUUUUAAAUCACAAAUGAAAACACCUUUUAAAAAUCGGAAUACACUAUGUUGGUAACCAAUUAGCAUUUCUAUUUGGUGGAAAAGUUUUGGGAGAAAUUUUUAAAGUAGCUUUUUCAGCCUCUAAUUUUACGGCAGAGAAAAGUGAGGCGCUGCCGCCGGAGCUUGAUGCGGACCAGAGCUGCUGCCUCUGUCGCCUUUCGCAGCCUCACUCCGCCUCGGUUAUUUCUCUGUAGAGUUAGAAGCUUUCGUUACAGACAAAAUGGCAAAUCACCGUGUCUCUAAAAAUCGAACCUGUUCAUCCCACCAGUCCAACGCAUUUUUUUAUUCAAGAAGUGUUGAGUCAAGAAUAUUGGUUUCCACAGAUACCUCGGAACAAAUCGAGAUACAGUGACAGGAACGGACGUUACGUAUUUCCAACUAACGCUGGAUUUUCCUGAGAUCUCUUGCAUAAGGAUAGACUAGGGUUUUAAAUGCUCUGCAAGGCAGACUUGCAGUAGUUUCACAGAAUUAUCCUUGGCGUUAUAAACGUUCAAUGAAAACUCUCUCUAGAUUGUUUAUCAACUGGUCACCCUCUGGGAGGAUCUUUGGUUUUUGAAAGGCGUUUGGGAGCCAGUUCUUUCCCAGUGUUGCUGGUUCCCAGCUGCUCCCAUGUACCCACAGCAUCCACAGGUCCCAGCGACCCAAGUCUGUCCGAUGUUUCUGUUUCACUCCGGCAGCACAGCAGCAUGCGACCCGGCUCUAAAGGACGAAGACUUUCGAGCUCCCCUGUCAGCGGAGCCCUAAGGUGAACUGCAGGAAGAUCCCAGCCUUGUACUCGUGGGGCAGAGCCAGCCGAGAGGUGCACAGAGGCCAGAGCUGUGGACCUGUGCAGCCCACGCGAGGAUGUCUCCCAGCCUUCAGGAAGGUGCUCAGCUUGGGGAAAGCAAACCCUCGCCCUGCUCCUUUUCAAUUGAGAGCAUUUUAGGACUGGACCAGAAGAAAGACGGUGUUCCAUCCAUGAAACCCCACAGGCCAUGGGCAGACACCUGUAGCUCCUCAGAGAAAGAUGUUAACCUAUGUCUGCAUGUCCCGAGCCUUCCAAAUGGGAUCUUGUUCCCGUGUACUCUGGAUCACCCGGUGCCAGAAGAAAGAGUUAGGAAAUAUGAAAAUUACUUUUCAGCCUCAGAAAGACUGUCUUUGAAAAGAGAGUUGAGUUGGUAUAGAGGCAGAAGACCAAGAACUGCUUUUACUCAAAACCAGAUUGAAGUGUUGGAAAAUGUCUUUAGAGGAAACUGCUAUCCUGGCAUUGAUAUUAGAGAAGACUUAGCUCGAAAACUGAAUCUAGAGGAAGACAGAAUCCAGAUCUGGUUCCAAAAUCGGCGUGCCAAACUGAGGAGGUCUCAUAGAGAAUCACAGUUUCUAAUGGCGAAAAAAACCUUCAACACAAAUCUCUUGGAAUAAAUAGAAAACUAAAUGUGAAGUUAUCUCCCAGUUGCAGAACAGGAAGAGUCAAUGGAAAUAUCAAGUUUUAAAAAUGUGAUGUUUUCUUUUCUGCAUUUAAUCUGAACAUUGUCGCUUUCUGAAACUACAUUGUAAAUAAUUACUCUAUCAUGGUACCUAUUAUACUUGGGCACUUUUAAAUGUAAUAAAGGCCUUUUCUAUAUAUUUUAAUAAACAUUUUCAGAAACAGCCAGCUAUUUUUUAAGUGAGCAAAUUUAAUCUAAUAAAUUAGUUUGCUAAAAUCAGUAAACUCAUGACUAAGUGGCUCCACAAACUGGAUUACUGUAUAUUUACAAAAUAAUUCCAGUAAACUAAUCUGAAGAAUGGCACAGAGGUGUGAUUUGUUUCAGUUCGUUUUCUUCAAAUGCAUUUUGAUGCAUAAUUAUGCUUUAAUAGAUUGUAGAAUAUGAUUUAUUCAUAAAUCUUUAGUUUCUCUUUAUUUCUGGCAUGAAGCAGUGAGAAAUUUUCACCAUAUAUCAAUACAAAUCCUUAUAAAAUGCAACUUCCAGCUUUUUUUAAAAGCAAAGUCAUUAUGCCAAAGUAGGAAUAUAAAAGUGUCAGUUGUCAUAUUCAUACCAUUGCACAAAAGAAUUGAACUGCAAGUAAAUGCAAAUUUUUUAAUGUUUUUUAGUUCAUUUAAUGCUGUACUUUAAUUUCAUUCAUUAAAGUGAUAAUGAUCAUCUGG